ACAUUUUGAGCCAUUAACCACAACAUUGCACACGUAUGUUGUUGUUUUUUUAUUUAAUAUAAAUCAUACCCGGAUAUUGAUCAUUGCAGCACAUACUUAUACAGAUAGGAGAAUUCUCUCAACCUCAAAUUGAAAUGCAGAAAUUAAGACAAAUUGCUAUAGGUACUUGUAUUGCUGGUUUUCUUGUGGUUUUAAGUGGGGUUGUUACACCAGGAUGGCUGAUCUUUGAAUACGAUUGGAGAAAAUUACAGGAGCAAAGUUGGAUUCAGCGAAACAUAAGCCUUGUGAAGAAAGUUUCAACCAAACAAAAUCUACUAAAAUUUGUAUUCGGAACAUUUUAUAUGCAAAUUUGCUUUGAUAAAUUUUGUGUAGCGAUGUUGUUAGGAUAUUUUAUAAAAACGGCGAAUACUGACUAUCAUCUUAAAGGUAUUUUAUCAGCGGCGGAUUUUCUCCAUUUACCAAUACAUAAAACGUAUACUGCCAUUGUUGUAAUUUGCUCACUAGCUUUGAUACUGUCAUUUGUCUCAUUGGUGUUAACAUUAGUGUACAACUGUAAACGGUAUCCACACAAAAGACUUGGAGUUAUUGGUAGUAUCUCUUUGAUUAUGUCAGGUACGACCACUUUCCUCUUUGCAUUCAUAUAUUUGAUUAUGUAUGGACACUACACGAAGCUGUUACAACCGUUUACAGGUGUCUUUGACUUUACUUUUCCUUACUCGCCGGUACUGUGCAUUUUUGGAUCUAUCAUGUAUUUUGUUUGUGCCAGCAUACUUAUUAAGCUGACAAUACAAUCCAAAGGACAGUUCAAUUAUGAGAUGAUGGUCAUUGACACAUCACAGGGAGGACGCACAUACAUCGCAAAGACUUGAAUGCUUCAGAUGUUUACUUGUCAACUCUUUUCUGAGUAUUUUUUAUUUGUUUUUAAAAAUAUAAAUAUAUUGCAAUUAACUAUCAUGGCGAAAUUGUGCAUGUUCAACAGAGAUCGGAUCUAAAGACAAAAAUAAAUUAUAUGUGUAAACAUUAAAGGAUUAUUACUGACUGCAAUUUCUUAGUGCGUAGUCAUAAAAAAAAUAU